AUGUUUAUCAGGACAGCUUUUCUCCUCUACUCUGUGUUCUUAUUCUCAAACAUUGUUCGUUGCAUGGAAAGUGAACUUUGCUUCCCUAUUAGACUGGAUAACCAAAACCAUGAGAAGAGGAGUUUUGACAACGACGUGGAUACCCUGAGUGGAAAACGUGUCCUGAAAAUACGAGCUUUCCAGCAGGAUUUAGUGCUCGAUUUACAUCAAGACUCCAACUUCCUUGCCCCCUCCAUCUCUACCCAAGACGCGUCCAGGCUUUCCAACACCGAUGUCACCACUGACCUGAGCCGGUGUUUUUACUCCGGCUAUGUCAACGCCAUUCGCGAUUCUUACGCUGCUUUGAGUCUCUGUAAGGGCUUACGCGGUGCAUUUGGCUUCCAAGGCUGGGAAUAUUUUAUCAGUCCGGUCCACAAUGACACCAGAAGUGCCGAGAGUGCGCACUUUAUCCGGCGCAGACCCAGUAACGACUUAGAGCUCAACUCAACGUCAAGGUGCGCGGUGGACAGCGGUGUAAGCCCCCAGAUUGCACAGACACUGGAGAAAUACAAGCACCUGAAAGAUUACAGCAAUGUGACCGAAACAAUGCUCAAGGGCAUGGGGAGAUCCAAGAGAUUCGCCUCCAUUCCCAGAUACGUGGAGACGCUCGUGGUGGCCGAUGAGUCCAUGGCGCAGUUCCACGGAGAUGACCUGAAACAUUACCUCUUGACCUUGAUGUCAGUGGCAGCUAGGCUCUACAAACACCCCACUAUACUCAACUCCAUCAACAUCGUAGUUGUGAAGUUCAUGGUGCUAAAUGAGGCCGACAAAGGACCUAAGGUGUCCGGGAACGCAGCCAUGACGCUGCGAAACUUUUGCACUUGGCAGAAAAAGAUGAACAAGAAUACCGACAAGCACCCAGAGUACUGGGACACAGCAAUUCUAUUCACUAAGCAGGAUUUAUGUGGAGCCUCCACCUGCGACACUCUGGGCAUGGCUGAUGUCGGCACCAUGUGUGACCCCAAGAGGAGCUGCUCUGUGAUUGAAGAUGACGGCCUGCCUUCAGCUUUCACCACAGCUCACGAGCUUGGGCAUGUUUUCAACAUGCCGCAUGACAACGUAAAAGCCUGUGAAGAGGUGUUUGGGAAGCUGCAGGACAACCACAUGAUGUCUCCCACACUCAUCCAGAUCAACCGUACCACCCCCUGGUCCCCCUGCAGCGCUGCCAUCAUCACAGACUUCCUGGACAGUGGGCACGGGGAAUGCUUGCUCGACCAGCCGCAGAAACCCCUGGCCCUCCCUGAUGUGUUGCCUGGAGCAUCCUACAGCUUGGACCGUCAGUGUGAGCUUGCAUUCGGAGAAGGCUCAAAGCCCUGUCCUUUUAUGCAGCCACCCUGCGGCCGUCUGUGGUGCACAGGAAAGACCCAGGGCCAGCUGGUGUGUCAGACCCGUCACUUCCCGUGGGCUGACGGCACCCAUUGUGGGGAUGGGCAGGUCUGCAUCCGAGGGGUGUGCACUGACAAACAGGAGAGCCAAAAUGCGAGGGUGGACGGCCGCUGGGGGAAGUGGGGCCCAUUUGGAUCCUGCUCGCGCACAUGCGGAGGAGGUGUGCAACUGUCGAAAAGGGAGUGCAAUAACCCAGUUCCGUCAAAUGGGGGUAAAUACUGCCAAGGGGUGCGGGUCAAAUACCGCUCCUGCAACCUGAACCACUGCCCUGACACAGGUAAGAGCUACCGUGAGGAGCAGUGUGAGGCUUUCAAUGGCGUCAGCCUCAACACUAAUCGUCUCACGCCCUCUGUGGUGUGGGUGCCCAAGUACUCCGGAGUGUCGCCCCGAGACAAAUGUAAACUCAUCUGCAGGGCAAACGGCACAGGCUACUUCUACGUCCUGGCUCCCAAGGUGGUUGAUGGAACGCCCUGCUCCCCAGACUCCACAGGAGUGUGUGUCCAAGGGAAGUGCAUCAAGGCUGGCUGCGAUGGUAAACUCAGCUCCACCAAGAAGUUUGAUAAGUGUGGAAUCUGUGGAGGCGACAACAAGGGCUGCAAGAAGGUGUCAGGUCUCUUCACCAAACCUUUGCACGGCUACAACUUUGUGGUCAUGUUGCCAGUGGGCGCUGCCAACAUAGACAUCCGUCAGCGGGGCUACAAGGGCAUGCUGAGUGACGACAACUAUUUGGCACUAAAGAACAGCGAGGGCAGUUACCUGCUGAAUGGGAACUACAUCGUGUCAGCUGUGGAGAGGGACAUCAUUGUGAAGAACAGCCUGGUGCGAUACAGCGGCACAUCAGGCCCCUCUGAGACUCUGCAGGCCAUCAAACCGUUAGGGGAAGCCCUGACGGUGGAGGUGCUGUCCGUGGGCAAGAUGACUCCUCCUCGCAUCCGCUACUCCUUCUACCUGGCCCGUCAGAGCAAGGAGGACAAGACUCUGAAGAAAGAAGGGCGUACGCGCUCUCCCAACAGUGUCCUGGCUGAGAAUACUGUUAAGGAUAAGGGAGGAGACGUCCUGAAGGAGACAUCCUAUAGCAAAGAGGGGUCUGCUCUUGGAAAGUGGCUGUCGACAGGGUGGGACGAGUGCUCAGUGACCUGUGGCAGCGGGAUCCAGAGGAGGAUGGUGCAGUGUCUGAGGCCGGACGGGAAGCCAGGGUUGGACUGUGAUCCCACACAACGGCCCUCAGCCACCAGGGCCUGUGGAGACCCAUGUCCUGUAUGGGAUAUUGGGGAAUGGUCGGUCUGCUCCAGAACCUGUGGAAAGGGCUUCAAGAGACGGCCAUUGCACUGCACUACCCAAUCUGGACAGCGGCUCCCAAGGGACCACUGCACCGGCAUACGCAAGCCACAGGAGCUGGACUUCUGUAACCUAAGGCCUUGCUAGUGACUCUAAAAUCCUCUUAUUCUGUACCCUGUUUUGAAUGGACUGAUAUGAAACCACCAGUAAGUAUUACACACCAAUCCAGGACUGUCUAUUUGGUGCAGAGAUUUCCACCUGCAACAUGGAACUGGUCGAAAAUGAUGGACACUUACUUGGAAGAACAACAAGAAUAUUGGACGUAGAGUGAAAGAGGCAGGAUGAUCGCUGGAAGAUGUUUUUCACUGUGGUCUGCCUUCAGAUGACGCUAUCCAGAUCAAACUCUGAUGGUAGAACAACAUCAUAGGAGGUCAAAAAAUAUUUUGCUCAUUUUGUUGUGCAGUCAGCAGAUACCACAUGCCCAUUUGCAAGCAAUCAAUCCUAGUUUACCUUGUGAUUCUUGAACCGAUUUAAUGUCGUACUAUUUCAACAGUGGGAGGGUUGUAGUUGUCUUUUGCAAACUGAUCCAUGCAAUGGUAUACCAGGUGGGUGGAGAGGUGGUUGUUCACAAAUUCAUUCCAUUUACUUUUUAAAACGCAUCAGUUUGUGGAGAGAUGCAGUUGGAUAGAAAUCUGUCAUAACUAUUUCCAAACUGGAUUGAGGUAUAAUGCUCUGAUAGUCAUAUUUGAUUCCUUGUUCCACCCAGAGUGGGAGAGUCCAUUUACAGUAAAUGGAAAAUUAUAAUGGUGUAACUGAUUUGCAGUGCAUAAAGAAAGUCUACAUUUUCACUCCUGGCUUUCCAGGGGUCUCUUAA